AUGGACUCGCCCCCUGUGCCCGUGCCGAUGCCGCCGCCCAAGCGGACCGACCUCUCGCUCACGCUGGCGCCCGCGGCGCAGUCCGUCGCCGAGGCCGAUGGGGGCGCCGGGGCGGCCGGCGAUGGCGCCUGCACCGACGGCAAGGACGUGCGCCUCUUCCCCUGCCUCUUCUGUAACAAGAAGUUCCUCAAGUCGCAGGCGCUCGGCGGCCACCAGAACGCGCACAAGAAGGAGCGCAGCAUCGGCUGGAACCCCUACUUCUACAUGCCGCCCACCUCCUCCGCGCACCUCCACGCCAAUGCCGCGCCGCCCAACUCGUCCGGCGCCACGGCCUCGGGGCCCUACGCCGGCUGUGGCGCUGGCGGCGGCGGCGGCGGCGUGGGCUCCACCGUGCCUGGCGUGGCCGCGGGCGGCGCGGCGCACGCCUACGCCAGCCGUGCCUACGCGGCCUUGCCCACGACGUUCCCAAUCGCGUCCCACAGCUCCAUCAUGGUCGGCUCCGACCGGCUCCAGUACUACGCGCCGCCACAGGGCGCGGCGCCGACAUCGGCGGCGGCGGGCGACCUGUACAGCGGCAGCGGCAGCGGCAUGCAGCAGGUGUCCCGCUUCGCCGAGUACCAGCAGCAGCUCCUGGGCGGCGCGGCCGUCAGCAGCAGCAGCGAGCGCGCGAUGAUGUCCGCGGCCGAGCAGCCGGGCGCCGGGCGCGACGAGCUGAUCGACAUGCUCAACUGGAGGCGGGGCUGCCACGGGCCGACCGCCUCGGCGGCCGCCACCACCCCGUCGCCGGCCAGCACCACCACCACGCUCACCUCCGGAGGCGGCAGCAACUACUACAACAACGGCGAGGAUGCCGAGGAGGAGCUGGACCUCAACUUGAGCCUGUAG